AUGUUCUUACGCGAGAGCAUGUCUCCGAAUCCUGUCGGUAUCAGCGGCAUCGAUCGCGCUCACCUUGGCAUGGACUCGACCUUGAAGCAGCCCUCGGGUCACAGAGGGAACUGGCUCGGAAUCCCCUUCCACUCGCCUCGAGUCCCGUUGAAAAAGAUGACCUCAGCGGUAUUCAGCGCGAAGAGGGGGGUUUCCAGUGAUCUAUCCUCUCACUCUCCAUCCAAGACUCCCACCGGAAGCGUUAUCCCUCCCCCCAUGAAGCCCACCGGCAAUAUGUCCAGCCCUGACCUGACCAUCAAGACGAGUGCAUGGGUUGCUCGUCUUGAGAAGACCAGCAUGACCACUGGCAUGACUGGUAGCUCCUCAGUCAAGAGAUCCACUGACUCAGUAGUGGGUGGGACGAUGGAGCACCCCUCAGGUCACAGAGGGAACUGGGUCGGAGUUCCCACUCGCUCGCCUCGAGGCCCUCUGAAAAAGAUGACCUCGGUGUUAUUUACCGCGAAGAGUGACAUGUCCGUUGAUAUGGCCUCUACCUCUCCAUCCGAAUUUUCCGCCGGAACUGUCAUCCAUCACCCCGUGAAGCCCAUUAGCAACUCCUCCAGCCUUGACCUGUCCAUCAAGACAACUGCAUCCGCUGUUCGUCUUGAGAACACUAGCAUGACCAUUGGCAUGACUGGCAGCUCCUCGGUCAAAAGAUCCACUAACUCAGUCGUGGAUGGACCGAUGAAGCACCGCUCGCGCAGGGUUUCUUCGAAGCCUGUUGAGCGGAAUGGACGAAAGGUUCCGGCUGUGCCAUUUGAGUGUUGUUCAUGUGGGGAGGAGGACUGUUUGGCUCCUAGUCCGCCCCUGACUGCCCCUCAUACGCCUGUUAAGUCCACUGGACUGAACUUCGUGCGUGCGGACUACCAAUGCUGCGAAGGUGGCCAGGAUGGUGGCACUCUGCCAUGUCCAUCUACUACUACUUCUUACGGGGAGCCGGAGCGACUGAAGCGGUUGAGGGAACAGUUCAAUGCAAUGACACUUUGCCGGUGUGGAGACGAGAAUUGCGUCGUUUCGUAUUCUCCAAUUCCCAGUCCUACACGUGAUGGCUAUUUUGGACAAAAGAAAUUGGCCAGGCCAUCUGAAGGACACCCAUGUCGGCUUGGUAAUGGGACCAUCCCAAUGUCGCCUAUUCCCAUCUCUCCUUCGCAGGCUGAUGGAAUGGCUGGGAAGCUGGAAAAGUCCGUGGCAUUGGAAGAUUGCCAAUUGGAGGAGGGCGAAGUAAUGCUCCCAAGUCCCGCACUGACGGGUUCCUCUAUGAAAAAUGGCAAUCUUGAACUAGACAAAGAAUCCAGUUCAUUCCAAAGAUGCUCAUGCGGACAGCCCAACUGCAUUAUCCCCAACUCUCCCAAUACACCUCCUAUUACUCCUCCAAUCUAUAAAUAUCUCAGGCCAAAGUCCCGGGAAUUCAAAGAUAGUCAAUGGGAUAUGUCUCUUCCAUCAGAGGCCACAGGGGCACUUCCGCCAACGAGCCGAGAGGUGCAGCCUCGAGAGACAUCAAGUCGGCUCGCGUGGGAGAAUUAUGUCUUCUGCCACAAACCCCUGGGGUAUGACUACCUCGAGUCCUGCCCCGAUUUCCGCGCGUUGCACGACAACGAAUAUGCUGUCGGCGGAUGGGCGAUUGGAGAAGGCUCUCUUGUCAUUGGGAUUAAUCCACGCUAUGUUGUCCCCACCGGCGAUGUGCAGCCACUCGACCAGCUUGAACUGAAGGAAGGCAAGCUGUACAUCGUCGAACGCAUCCACGGUGACUUAUGGGCGCUAGUGAAGGAAUUCUCUACAACAAAGCCUCACAAUGGCAGGACUCCCGGGCCCCCUAACCAAGUUGUCAGGCUGGGAUUUGUCCCGAUCUGUGCGGUUACGCUCGCGGCCAACUACAGCUCUUUCGUAGAGCGUUGCAGGGAGUACGAAAUGUACCCUGAUAUACGGCGACUCACUCCGACUAAUGGAGCUCGGAUCUCGCCCCCAGUGCGGAUCGAGAGCCUGGCUGCCAGUCGAGAGGUAGAUCGCUGGAUGUUGGCAGGCCGGAACAAUUGGGAAUCCAAAGAUGCACACAUAGUGUGCUCGAAGUUCCGGCCCAUCCGCGACAGCGAGUGUCUCUAUGAGCCCAAAGACAAGCUGAGCCGCAUGAAGCUUAUGGUCAACAAGCCACGACAGGCAUGGAAAAAACUGACCACAAAGAAGCUGGAGGUCAGGACCAGCUGGUUGGUCCAGGCCCAAUCACGCCGCAAGCCCCCAAACGUCAAAGGAAGAGAUUGA